CACACCGCGUCAAGCGCAAUCAGCUUCUGCCCAGCGGCACAACAACAGAUCGAGGAGAGGCACAGCACACACACCGCGCACCAUGUCGUUCCUGCCCGUCGGCCUCCUGCCCAAGUGGCUCCUCCUUGUCUCGAGCCUCGCCGUGUUCAACUGCGUGCAGAACUACGUCGACCAUGCCUUUGCCCGUCGGGUAUACACGCGCGGUGGCGCACAAGUGACGCCGCUCUCGGCGCGCACAUUCGGCGUGUGGAAUCUUGCGUCGGCCGGCGUGCGGCUGUAUGCCGCGUACAACAUCCACAACCGACAGGUGUACGAGCUGUGUGCCCUGACCUACGUGCUCGCGCUCGCCCACUUCUCCUCCGAGGUCUUCGUGUACAAGACGGCCAGCAUCCGCGCGCCCGGCGUCAUCAGUCCGCUGAUCGUGGCCUCGUCGAGCCUUGCAGCAAUGCUUCUGCAGCACCAGCACUACGUCGCAUUAUCAUCCCCGCUGGGGGGGAUGUGCUGACGACGCUUGUAAUGCGCCGUUACAUGUUUAUGUGUGGGG